UUUUUUAAAUAUUUGUUAUUAUUAAUGUAAUGUUUUACGUUUAGCUCUUAGGUUAUGAACUAUUUUAUCUCAGUUAUAUAUAAGUUACUCUAUGCUAUUUUAUUGUCAACGUGACAUCGUACUGGCGCACUUUAUUUUGUUAGUACUUCGGUUUUACCAAGAUUCAUAUCGACGUUCGGGACAUAUUCGGUUAGUUCCAGUAGCACUGUGCGUAGUAAUGUAUUCUGUUUAGUUUUUUAUCAACCAGCACGCCCGCAACGCAUUACUCUGCAACAUGACAAGUGAUACCAAAAUGGUAUCACCAAGUAAACCGGUGGUGCCCCUGAGCAGUGAUGACAGUGUUAGUGUACUGUCUAUGAUCUACCGUUUCUUUAAGAAGGUGUCAAUAGUCGGCGCCGUGUACCUGGUGGGCUACAUGCAAUGGAGCGUGGCGUGGCUGAUCGGGCCCGUGGUGCUCUCGGUGCUGCGCGACCAGUGGCGCCGCGACAGCGAGUACCGCCGCUCGCUGGCCAAGGCGGCCGCCGUCUCCAGCGAGAAGGACAUCGUGCUGGCGAGGAUCGACGAUCUGCCUGCAUGGGUGUUCUUUCCCGACGUGGAACGUGCAGAAUGGUUAAAUAGAAUUCUUCUCCAAGUAUGGCCAAACGUAAAUCAUUACGCGCGAAAUUUGUUGAAGGAUUGUAUCGAGCCGGCCGUAGCCGAGAGCCUAGCUAACUACAAAAUGACCGGGUUCAAAUUUGAGCGCUCUAUCCUAGGCACUAUUGCACCACGGGUCGGUGGCGUGAAGGUUUACGACAAGAAUCUCUCGAGGGACGAAAUCAUCAUGGAUAUUGAUCUCUUUUAUGCUGGGGACUGUGAUAUCUCAUUUGUUCUCCAAGGUAUUCGCGGGGGUAUAAAGGAUCUGCAGAUCCACGGUAUGGUCCGCGUAGUGAUGAAGCCGCUCAUCACCAAGAUCCCGCUGGUGGGUGGGCUGCAGGUGUUCUUCCUCAACAACCCGUCCAUCGACUUCAACCUGGUGGGCGCGGCCGACGUGCUGGACAUGCCGGGCCUGAGUGACAUACUCCGGCGCUGUAUCGUGGAGCAGAUUGCCAACAUGAUGGUGCUGCCUAACAAGCUGCCCAUCAAGCUGAGCGACGAGAUCCCCACCGUCGACCUGCGCAUGCCCGAGCCGGAGGGAGUGCUGCGUAUACAUCUGGUGCAAGCUCAAAAUCUCAUGAAGAAGGAUAUUUCUAUGUUAGGCAAGGGUAAGUCGGACCCGUACGCGAUCAUCACGGUGGGCGCGCAGAAGUGGAAGACCAAGCACAUCGACAACAACAUCAAUCCGCGCUGGGACUACUGGUGUGAGGCUGUAAUAAGUUCAAGAAAGAGCCAGGUGCUGCAGUGCGAGCUGUGGGACUGGGACCCGGGGAUGGGCAUUCAGAACGAUGAUUACCUCGGCAGGUGCUCCUUGGAUAUAUCGCAAGUGGUACGCUCCGGUCGUUUGGAUACGUGGCAAACUCUUCAAGAAGCAAAACAUGGGAAAGUGGAGUUACGACUGUCGUGGCAUCGUCUCUCCUCGGAUGUGACUGAACUCUCACGGGCUAUAACCGAGACGCAGCUGAUCAAGUCCGGGGAGCUGAGUUCAGCCGUCCUUUCUGUCUACAUCGACUCCUGUAAUAAGCUACCGGACGCGCGCGUGGGCUCGCGGCCCGACCCCUACCUGACGGUGACGGUGGGCAAGAAGACAGAGAACACGGCUGUGCAGAUGCGCACCGGCGACCCCGUCUACGAGAUCGGCUACUCCUUCCUGGUGCAGAACCCCGAGAUCAACACGCUCGAGAUAAAGGUAUUGGACCAGAAGACGGGCAGCGCGCUGGGGCAGGUGUCGUACGCCAUCGGGCUGUUGCUGAGGCAGAAGGGGCUGAGCUUGCUGACGCAGCCGGUCAUGCUGCACAAGUCUGGCCCGGAGUCGAGGGUGCUACUGUCCAUGCAACUAAAGAUACUGCAAGAGUCGAUCAGAGAGGAAGACAUAGUGGAGCCGGAGAGCCAGCCCGCCGCGGCCGCUCCUGCUCCCGCCCCCGCCCCCGCGCGGCCUGCGCCCGCCGCUGCCGCCACCGACGGACCAGUGCCAGCGCCUGCUGCACCAGAGCAUUCGACACCGGAGCUAGCGAAUCUAGAAGAUGGCGCGCCAGAUAGUGCGUCACAGAAAUCUAUUGCAGUCGAGGAGAUGGUCAAGGAAGUGGAUGUACCUCAAGAAUCUCAAGCUCCGUCUGGCCGGGGCUCACCGAAACUCAUUCAUAGAACAUCUUCGCUCACCACGUCGGCGGGCGAGGCCGGGCUGGGCCGCGUCCUGCUGUCGCUGCGUUACAGCAUGCCCUCGCAAACGCUCUUCAUCGUCGUGCACAAGAUCAUGAAUAUACCCUUGAAGGACCCAACAAAUGUGCCCGACCCGUACGUGAAAUUGUACUUGCUGCCAGGACGCUCUAAAGAUUCCAAACGGAAAACAGCUGUGGUGAAAGAUAGUUGCAUGCCGGAGUUCGACGAGAAGUUCGAGUGGUCGAUCCCACAGGCGGAGCUGCACUCGCGGCAGGUGGAGGUGACCGUCGCCACGCACAAGGGCUUCCUCGGCGGCAGCCCCGUCAUCGGGCAGGUAAUUGUGCAUCUCAACCAGUAUGAUUUCCUGGAAGCAAAAACUCUUUGGUUUGACUUGUUGCCAGAGACACCAAGGGAUUAAAUUUGGUUUAAAAGACCGGCCUCUAGGAGGAUAUAUCCAACGGAGACGUCACGACUGUAAUUUGCUGUACAAAAAAAUCUGCCAAUUUUUGCAGGGGAAGGGAACGUCAAAAUAGCCAUGUCAGAUAAACGUCUGUCUAUUUUCGACAGAGGGGAAUGCCUGUUAAUAGCUACUCUAUUUGGUUAUAUCCUCCUAGACCGGCCUACAUCUAGCAAGGGAAAAACGCGCUAAGAUUUCGCGUGCGAUUGUGAAGCCAGUACGCACUUUGCGUUCCGAUUUUUGUCUUUGUUUUUCAUCAUCAUCAAGAUUCAAAACUUUAGUAUCGUUCACUUCGCAAUGGUUCGCGACUCGUAAUGCUCCGUGGCUUCCGCGCGCUAUGUGUAGAGCAGCCUUAAUAUUACAUUUUUUUAUUUCUAACUAAGAGAUUAACAUCUUUUUUUUUUUGCAUUUAAAAAUACUUAGAUAAUUGCUAAAACUUUAUGAUCUGUUGUAAUUAAACACCUUUUUUAUUUUAAUUUAUUUUAUGUUUUUACUCAUUGAAUGUAAUUUUUAAGAAUCAAGCAUUUCAUAACAAUUAGAGCUAGUUAUACCAAGAAAAAUCUACAACGAUUUUGAUUGCAUAUGCAGUGCAAGUGUUAUUUACGUCAUAAUUUCAUAGAAGUUUCAAAUAUUUCAUACUGCAUGUGCUAUUAAAAUCGUUGCACUUAUCUUGGCUUGCAAUAUCGGACGGUUUCCAAUUCUGUAACUGAUUUUCGAUAUUGGGUCCCAAUUCCGGAACUGGUUCCGGAAUUAGGGUUCAUCAUAUUUUUAUUAGAUUUUUUAAUAAAAAACAAAUAAUUGAAAUUCUGAUACUUUAGGUUUAUUAAAGAAAGUAUUGUUUUAGUAGAAUUUAAUUUGAAGUAUUAUUGAUCGAAAAAUAUUAAUAAAUUGAGUACUGCCAUCUUUGCACCUCUUAUUUUAGCACCUUAUUACUAUGGUCACUUUUAUUCACUUCAAUGAUACGG